AUGAAUGAUUACAAAAAGUCAUCACAGGUCAUCGACAUACUUGAUUCAAUUCCUGAGAACGACAACAGGGUCUCUGAUCGUCUUCCCCUUUUCUGUGGUAACAAGGGCGUGAACGAAUGCAAAAGAGAGAGUUCAGGGCAAAGGACCGAGAAGAGGUACAACAGCUCGUGCAACGGCGUGAAUCUUCCCAAGUUACAGAAAAAAUCCACCGCCGUCCCUCCACUUGAAAGAACGAUUAGUUCACCCGACCCAACCGGUUUUUUAAACGUGGCAAACAUUGCUCUCUCUCCACGCGAAAACACUGGUGAUAAAUUCAAAAGGGAGCCAGUCAUCAAUUGUGCAGACUAUCUCAUCUAUGAACCUGCAUGUACAACUGCUAACUUGGCGACAGCGAACAUCGACCUCUCUCGGUACGCCUUCCACUCGUCUCCGGAAAGAAUACCCGAGACUGAUGGAGAAAGGCUCUUAAGCGUCCAUUCGAAGAAGAAACUGCAAAGCGCCGAAGUAAAGAAGAAAGAGCCUAACACACCAGAGAGAAAAACAAGAAAGAGAAGAGAAACCCAAGCAAGUGGUUUGAAAAACGUCGAUCUCUUCGACCAGCAAAGACAACAUUUGGCCCGUAAAGGUCCACCAGCAAGGGUUUUAGUUUCGUGCAAAUUUCCGGAAAGUCGACCCGGAACACCUAACUAUUUUAGAAAAUCAAGCGCGGUGACUGAAGAUCUCUUUUUCCCCAAAAUUGUUUUGUACCAGUGGGAAGUCUGUGAGCAACCAAAGAUUACUAAAGCUCUCCAAUCACGCAAAUAUCCUAUAAGGCUACCUCUGUUACACAAGAUUCCUACAGCUCCACAGGACAACCAGCCUAUCGAUGGUGAUUACAAGGGCCAUGAGGAUGAUGCGAAGAGACCUGAGAGUCCUCUUUCAAAAAUACCAUACCCACCUCCGCCGACUCCACAGUGCCAAACAUGUCCGCCUAGCUCAAAAGGGAAUAUUGCUGAUAAAUAAAUAAUGCAGUGUGAUAUAAUUAUUUCAAUUUCAAAUAACAAAGAGAUACGGCCAUUUUGUUUAUUUUCCAUUCACCCUGCUAUCUGACUGACUCAGUCACAUUUUGCUGUUUUCAAAAAAGGAAAUUAAAGAAGAAGUACAAGAGAGAGAGAGAGAGAGAGAGAGAGAGAGAGAUGAUGCGAGAGAAGGCAGAUGGAAAACGAGAAAAAAAAGUAAUUGAGUAGAGUGGAAGAUUAACAAUAUGCUUGCCAUAACAAAUUAAUUUUAAAAAAAAUUGGUCUGAGCUUUUGAUGAAAAAUACUAAUAGCUGUAGUUGUGUCAUUCACACAUAACUUGACUGAGAUUAAAACAAAAUAUAUAAAAUUUAAUGCAAGUAUGGAAGUGUAAAUGCACCAACUUUGAAAAAGAAAUUUUUACCGUACAGGUUCAUAAAGGUACAUCGCUGGAGUACUAGAAGAGUCUUAUCUCAGUAUAAUCCAACACUGUUUCGCUUGAGUCUAAUAAAUAAUCCAGCCGUCUAGGGCUAAUUUUUUUUAACUGUGUUACUGAUGUAAGGUAAUUUCCUAAGCUCAAACAUGGUGACAUAAAUUUGGAUCUAAGCAUGCAUUAACCUGAUUUUGUCAGAGAUUUUUGUAAAACGUAUUACCACCACAUAAAACAUCUUUCUUGAAUUAAACAUACUGUAAGAUUUCCUGCCAUGUUCUCUCUACGGUUGCAUACAAUUCGAUAAGAAAGUGAUCUCCACAUAAUACACAGCCCGCACGCAGGUCUUCGUUAUGAGUGAUUCGGCGAGAGCGUUUUUCGCCAUCAUGAAAGUAUGAUGCUUUGAGCAACGCGAGUUUGCAAGGGAACCACAUCUAUUACUGAUGUGCUAGAUCCCGACAAAUCUCUCCCCAGACUUCACCACAAAUUCGAAAUUCCCGCGGGCGGAGAAACGCGCGGUCUGCAGCACUCGUAAUAAGGGCUCGUUCGCAGGCUAGAUAAGAAGUACAAAUUUCACACCUUUACCUCGAGAAGGUCAAUCAGAGAGAUCUCCUUUGCUCUAUAAAUAUAAAUACGUUUGUCUGGCAUAGCUAGUCCUGUGGAUGAGCUAAACCCAAACAGGCGUCAUUAGUGCAAGAACAAUCCCAUCAUUCAAUGGGAAGCGGUAUUCAAAAUGGCGACAACUUUAGAAAACGCAAACCCGACUAUUUUCCUGCAGAAAACAGAGCGGGAAGUUCUCCCUGACGAAGAAAAUGAGGAUGUUGUGGACAAGAUCGAUGAACGAGAAGUAUUUGAUAUCCUUUAACAACGGGCUUCUCUCAUAAUUUGAUCUGUUAUUUUAAUGCUUUCGUUCUAUCGCCUGAACUGUCACGUGUAAAAGUGACAGUGCUAUUUGAUUAUUAUACAUGUACGUCAAGGAUUUUUGGUCAAUCAAAAGUUUGUUUUUUAGUCCAAAGAUUUUCACAAGCCAGCUAGUCUCUUUUUAGUUCGUGACCGAACAGCUGUGGAGACACUCUCUCUCAAAAUUAAUAGUUAAUGUUCAGUUCUUGUUAUAAAACAAUCUAUCGUAGACAUGCAACAAUGAAUCAGUUACUGACAGUCGACAUAAAAUGAUGCUAAGUGCUAGAAAAUAGAAGUUAAAUGCCAACUACAAGCAAAUUGUCGGAAAGAGAAAGUACGAUGACCCCCUGUGUUAACUAGAACUUGUAUUUGUCUAAAACUGUUGACUUGAAUGAAUGAAGGAAUGAAUGAAUACCUUUAUUUAAGUGUCAAACUGAAAUAGCAGUAAAGAAUCAUUAAAUGGGGACACCAUGGAUAAAUUGAAAUUAAAAAAUAAAAAUUAUUAUACCUUUUUAAUUAAAAUUGAUAACACUGUUUACACUUGAUAAAACGAGUAUGUAGUGGAUGACAUUAUUUACAUGUGCAUAGACUUAAUGAAAUACUAAAGUGUCUAUUAUGUACGACAUAAAAUACAUUCAGAACAUUGAGAAUCGGCCAGUAAGGAUUUAAAUCAAGCUUUCUAAUAUGCUGCCUAAAUACAGAUAGUGCAGGAAGGUCUCAUAUUUUGAGGUAUUAGACUCCACACCUUUGGGCCAGUGUAUCUGAUGGAAUGCUUUCCAUGUGUAGUCGUACUAAAUCUAGGCAUGGCAAACUCUUUGUUUCUCUGUGAAAAUUUUGUGUUUGUCAUUUGGAAAAGGUCUGCAAUAUAUUUCAGGGAAAUGUUGUUUUUUGUCUUGUAAGUAACAACAGCUAUAUCCUGUAACCAUCUGUUACACAGGGUGCAUAGAUUAGCUGUAUUCAGUAAUUUAUCAUAACUUGACUAUCUGUUGCAGUAAAUAGCUCUGAGUGCCCUUUUUUGUAUAUGCUCUAAUUUUCUACUGUCACUAGCAUGACAGAAGUGUUAAACAAGGUGUGAAUAAGAUGACUUGGAUGUGACCUGGCAAAAAAAUUUAAGUGAUCUGGCCACAAUGAUAAUUCCUAUUUACCUUUACUGAAGGAACAUCUGAUUCGUUCUAUCAAUGAUCCUGAACAUCCUCUUACUCUGGAGCAGCUGAAUGUUGUGGAGCAGUCUUUAGUAGAGGUGGAUGAUGCAAAUAAUUAUGUGAAAGUUCAGUUCACCCCAACAAUUCCUCACUGUAGUAUGGCAACCCUGAUUGGUUUGGCAAUACGAGUCCAGCUUUUAAGAUCACUGCCUGAAAGAUUCAAGGUACAAUAUAAUUUAUUUAUUAGAUCUCACUCUGUGCUAAUUUAAUCCAUAUUAUAAACACAGAUUUCUCCUGUUUGUGUUUAAAUCCCUGUGAUCUCAACUUGAUUGUAUUCUGUAAUCAAAAACUCCCUGUGAGGAACUUACUGGUGACAUUUAUAGAGAAAUUAUAUAUCUCUGAAAAGGAAUGUUUGCUCUACAGCACUAAAUUUGUACUCAACCCCAGGUAACCAAGCUUAUUCUGCAUUUACCUUGAUAUUGAAACUUGUUCUUGAUGAUUUUUUAAGAAAUAAGAGAAAAGACAAAACAUUUUUUCAAGAAAGUAUGUCAAUUUCAGGAAUAACUCCAAUGAUGCUGUACCCUGCUACCUAUUUCUUUUAUGGUAUUCGUGAUAUUUGAUUUGAACAUUCCUCACGUGAAAGUUCUCUUACUCACCAAGCACUGAUGAGUACUUCUUUAGACAGGUAGUAUUCAAGAGUCAUGGUCGUUUACUUUUAAUUUAGUAAUAUUUUUGAACUUAUUAUUUUCCAGGUUGAUAUCAGUAUAACCCCUGGUGCCCAUGCUUCAGAAGAUGCAGGUAAUGGUUUUUUUUCUAUGUUUAUCCAGUGUAAACUCCUUUAACCCAUUUAACACCUAGGAAUGACUAGCAUCCAAUUUCUCUCUGUAAUAUUCCCCUUGAAUCUAACACUAAGGUCAGGAGAAUAGAAGAAAUGAUCACCAACUAAAGAAGCUUUAAUUGCUAAACAAAUUCUCCUUGGCAGCACUUAAGAAAAUGUAUAGAGGACAGUAUUGAGAAUAUGCAUACUGAUGUUAGGUUUUAAAGGGUCAACCAUCUGACCUCUGAUAGUGACUAGCAUCUUAUUUCUCCUUACAAUAUCGCCCUUGAAUCUCACAUUAUGGUCCUGAAAAUAAAGGAAAUGGUCAUCAACUGAAAAAGCUGUUGACUGUUAAACAAAUUCUCCUUAUAAGCAUCUUAGAAAAUGUAGAGAAUAUACAUACUGAUGUUAGGGUGUAAACUUAAGAGUUAACAGACUGAUGUAAUGACCACCUGUGCUUAUCCCCAAUUGAACUCAAAUAAAAAUUUGCAUAGCAUGUAAUUUAGUGUUAACAACUGGGUUGAAAAUGUAAAUUGGCCACUGUAAAGAGUAGAAAAGCUGACAUUUCACGUGUUAGCCCUUCAUCAGAGCAAUACUCUCCCACAAAUGUAGCACCACAGUUUCUUUGGAAACUUACCCCCUUAAAACUUUGCAUACCUUGUUACACUAACAAUGUCAAAGAAAAAGACAGAAAUGAAACAGAAAAAAACUAAUGACUACAAACUGAUUAAGAAAAUCUUUUUCUCGCAUGCCAGAAUUAACCUUUUAUUAAUGAUGUUUCCACUGAUUCAAAAAUAGGUAAAAAGGAAAGGAAAAAAUCAUAAAUUAGUUAAAAUUUACUUUAAUGUGUUAACCAUCUCUAGCAUGUGGAAAUUGAAACAACAGAUUUAGAUCAUGUGAAGGGGAUUUAUAUGCUUAUUAAUUCCUAUUUAGCUUUUCUCUCUUCCUUUUUUUGCUGUUUUUCUAUAACGACAUUUUAGCAACAUUCCCCUCAAGCAAGUGGGAAUCAUGGUUCUCUAUUUUGAUGUUUGUGUUGUUACCAUGCAUUUCCCUCGUUCCUUUGUUUCUUCUUCAGUAAACAAGCAGCUGGCUGAUAAAGAACGAGUUGCUGCAGCUUUGGAAAACACUCAUUUGUUGGAAGUUGUAAAUCAGUGCCUCACAGCGCGUCACUGAGGUGGCUUAUAAUAUUUGUAAUGGGAACAAACUGUAUAUGGCUGCAAAAAUUGCACUGAGGGAUAAUCUAGGUAGUUAGUCAGCAUAUCACAGUUUGCUGUGAAGGGUGGCAGCUAAAAAUACAACCUACAUGUAUUUGCCUGACAAUCAACUUAAAUGUGUGAACUCCAUCUGAUUUGGAAAGUAUUACAGUAACACUAGACUUUCAUGAUGUUGGUACACCCAAACAGAAGUUCCUCACUCUCCAUUUACUUCAAAUUUUAAAACAUUCAGUGAAAGCAGAGGUUCACUAUGCUGCUAGUAAUGCUGUGGCUUGAUUUAAUAAACAGUGACACAAGACAGGUUAUCCCAAACAUCCUACAUGUAGGAUACAGCUGUUGUUUGGUCUAGUCUUUUCACCCAAAGAAAAGGAAAGAUUUCACCCACCCCUAGACAGGGGCUUAUCAUGGUGGGUGGAAUUGGAGGGGGGGAUUAAAUUAACAGCUAACUGAGGGUCAAUGUGCAUAUUGUUAUUUUUCACCCGUACUGUCCCCCAAAUUUAAUGAAUAAAAUACAAACACCUAUUAUGUUUAAAAUGGAAACUACAGCUGGGUUUUAAUUCUAAGUCAAUUUUGUACAGCAAGC